CUCGGGGCGAGGAGCCGGCGGCCGCGCGGGAGGAACAAAGGGACCGGCGGGCCGGGGAGGAUGCGGCGCUGCCCUGCGCCCCACCCGGCCGGCGGGCGGGCGCUGCCUCCUGCGCAGGUUCGUUGGGCCUCCCCCAGCUGUAAGGCCCCACGUGCUGGCCCCAGAGCCCUGCCAUGAAACCACACUUGAAGCAAUGGAGACAACGAAUGCUUUGCGGGAUAUUCGCGUGGGGGCUCCUCUUCGUGGUGAUCUUCAUUUACUUCACCGACAGCACCCCCGCUGAGCCCGCGCCCAGCGCCUUCUCCUUCCUGGAGACCAGGAGGCUCCUGCCGGUGCAGGGGAAGCACAGGGCCAUCAUGGGCGCCCUGCAGGAGCCCGCCUGGCCCGGGAGCCUGGGCGCCCACCAGGGGCCGCUGGAAGGCCGCCCGGCCGCCCUGCCUCGGUGGGCCCAGGCGCAGGGCGGCUUGGAAAAUGACGAGGAGUUCUUCUCCUCCCAGAUCGGGAGAAAAUCGCAGAGCGCCUUCUACCCGGAGGACGACGACUACCUUUUUGCCGCGGGUCAGCCCGGGCUGCGCGGCCGCGCUCAGGGCACGCCGGGGGGCCCCUCCCCGGGAGCCCCGGGCCGGCGGGAGGGGGGCGCGGCGGGCGGCCCGGAGCCCAGGAGGCGGGCGAGGAAGCGGCCGCGCAGCGCGGGCGGGAGCCGGGCGCUGGCGGGCGGCGGCGGCGGCGACGGGGACAGGCUGUACUCGUCCAUGUCCAGGGCCUUCCUGCACCGGCUCUGGAGGGGGGACGUCUCGUCCAAGAUGCUCGCCCCGCGGCUGCAGAAGGCCAUGCAGGACUACCUGAGCGCCAACAAGCACGGCGUGCGCUUCCGCGGGCGGCGGGCGGCCGGGCUGAGCCGCGCCGAGCUGCUGUGCGCGCUGCGGCGCCGGGUGCGGGUGCGCACGCUGGACGGCCGGGAGGCGCCCUUCGCCGCGCUCGGCUGGCGGAAGCUGGUCCCCGCCGUGCCGCUGAGCCGGCUGCACCCGCGCGGCCUGCGGAGCUGCGCCGUGGUCAUGUCGGCCGGCGCCAUCCUCAACUCCUCCCUGGGCGAGGAGAUAGAUUCUCACGAUGCAGUUUUGAGAUUUAACUCUGCCCCUACACGCGGCUAUGAGAAAGAUGUUGGAAAUAAAACGACUGUGCGCAUCAUUAAUUCCCAGAUUCUGACCAACCCUAGCCAUCACUUCAUUGACAGUUCGUUGUAUAAAGACGUCAUUUUGGUGGCCUGGGAUCCUGCUCCUUAUUCUGCAAAUCUUAACCUGUGGUACAAGAAGCCAGAUUACAACCUGUUCACUCCAUAUGUUCAGCACCGUCAGAGAAACCCAAAUCAACCAUUUUACAUUCUUCAUCCUAAAUUUAUAUGGCAGCUUUGGGACAUUAUCCAGGAGAACACCAAGGAGAAGAUUCAGCCCAACCCACCAUCUUCUGGCUUCAUUGGCAUCCUCAUCAUGAUGUCCAUGUGCAGCGAAGUGCACGUGUACGAAUACAUCCCGUCCAUCCGGCAGACGGAGCUGUGCCACUACCACGAGCUGUACUACGACGCGGCCUGCACGCUGGGCGCCUACCACCCGUUGCUCUACGAGAAGCUGCUGGUGCAGCGGCUGAACACGGGCGCCCAGGGGGACCUACACCGCAAGGGGAAGGUGGUCCUGCCGGGGCUCCGGGCCGUGCGCUGCCCCGCGCCCAACCCCGCAGGUGCGCCCUCCUGAACCCACGCUCCGGAGAGGCCACGUGCAAUAAGGUACUACUGUCCUACCCGACGUCCGGGAGAAUACUUGAAGAUACGUGUUAGGCAGUGUAGUCUGCGCUCUUUAGACUCUAACUUAGUGGUGGCCACGAGAAUUGUUCUUUUUCUAAGCCAUUGAGUAUUUAUUACUGUUUUGAAUACAGAAAUGGAAUUUAAAAGGAAAAAAAAAAAAAGCUCAAGAAAGAUGCAAAAAAAAAAAAAAAAAAAAAGAAGAAGAAGAAGAAGAAGAAGGAAGGAAGAAGCAAACGUAUGACCAAUGGGUACUAUACCUCCAGAAACGUAAACCUUUGCUUUACUUACGCCGUAGACACCCCUUAUCUGGUUUGGUUUCAGCUACAGGUUUCAGUGAUGUACCUGAUAUUACGAAAUGGUUUAUACGCCCAUGUUGAGGUGCAGGAUCACUUAACGUGUCACUUGUACAUUCACUCAUUAUUAAAGAUCCGAGCAUUUAUGACGUGCAUCUGAAUUAUCACUCAGAUGUGUUUAUUUUAAUAGCAAAAUCCCCCACAUAUGUUGAGAGAUGUGCAUGUUGAUACACGGUUGCAUUCCUCAGCUCUGCCUCCCAUUCCCCACCCAAGCUUUGCUUUUUGUGUAUUAGGAUAGAUUUCUAUAACCAUAAAGCAUCCAUCUCAAGCAGUCCAAGAAAAAGCCAACACUGGAAUAACACUACAGUGGAGACACUUUGUUUUGCUGCAAUAUUUUAUUACUCUGGCAAGUAAAUCCAGAAUCAGGGGGCUGCAGGGUGGCCCAGGGCCAGAAUGUUCACAGCUCCAGCUUUCCUGCAUUGUACCUCCUCAGCUGCCAGUCCUUCCCACAGCCCUCACACUGUUACGCCCGUGGACCCUUGCCCCCACCCCCCCGCUAUGGGGGAGGGCUCCUUCUAGUCUAGAAGGAGGGAAUACGGAGCCUUCACUCUGUGCUUCUGGGGAUACAUGCCUGUCUCUUUCAUGGAGAUUUCUUUCAGGUCAACAUCAGCUGCUGGAAACCCAGCAGUGGUGUACUGGAUUUUCCCUAAUUCUCCCGGCAGACAGACCUUGAGGAAUCCUGUCUGUUUUCACAAAUAUAUUUUAUGUUAGCAACAUACAAGCCAUAUAGUUAAAUAAAAUUGUGUGAAAACGUUGACCUUUAACCACACAGGAAAACACUUAUAUGUUUGAGAGGCAAAGGCAGCUAGAGGGGAGGAAGUAGUCACCCCCAUACAUUAGCUAUAUUCAGAUCUGUCUUGUCUUGUUUUUAAUCUCAACUUUAAUGACUGAUACAUUGAAAAACAAUCUUUUUCUAUGAAUGUAGUGAAACAGAAACAUUUUGGAAUCCAUUAAUUAAACACAGUAUCUCACUAUAUAACCAAAACAUAUCUCAGCAGUACAGGUAAGGCUUUUUUAAUUAAAAAUGUUCUCCCUUGCAAGUGCAUGAAUGUCAGGAGAGCUUGGUGAGAAAGGUUUUUCUGUUGCAGGAUUGGUUUUUUCCUGAGUGCUCUCAAAACUCCUUUCUUGAGCAAGAAUGGUUUAGAGAAACUUACCGCUUCUAUUUGGCUAGUCUCACUCUCCAGAAAUGGGGUUGGGCAAUAGGCAUCUCCCCUGUCUUAUUAUAAUAGUGAAGCAGAGGAGUAAUUGAGCAGUUUCCUUCAUGACAGCAUCCACUAAAAGCCCAUUUUGUGAGCUUUCUUCCCAGAUCUCUGAAAAGAAAUCAGUAAUCUUAUCCUACACAUGAGCUUAUAUGUGAGCUGACAUGGUCAAGCCAUUUUUCUCUCUGAUUUCCUGAAAGAACUUUGUCUUGUCUCCAUGUGUAGUGAGUAAGGAGUUCAGUGACUGGAGGCUUGUAACGUAGCUCUGAUCAUGCUGAGCAGUCCUCCCAUGGCCUUUCUUCUCCCUGGACCUUCCAGACUCUGCCUUCAAAUGUCCAUGACAUUUCAUAGUCUUCCCAGUGGAUUUCCUUCUGACCUCAUUACCCAGGACAACUCCCUUUGGUGACAUAAGAGCUUGAUUAGAGGAAAAUUCAUUGGAGGUCCAUAUAAAUAUUCAAGUUCAAAAGCCCCAGAAAACACUUUAGAGAUUUUUUUUUUUUUUUUACUUUAGAGAUUUUUAAGUAGCAUUUUGUUGUAACGUGUAUACUUUUAAAAAGUCCUUUCAGUCUCACUGAGGUUACAAGAAAGACUGAAGAGCAUAAAGGAAAUUUAAUUAAAAUUUUUUGAAUUUAUUAUGGCCUUAAAGACUCUUGGGAAUCAGGGUCUGUUAAGCAUUCAGAAAAUGUGGUACACAUAUUAAUAUAGUGUGGCUGGGCAGUCUUCUCUUUGAGAGAGUUUAAAUUCUUUUGCCUUCCAAAAAUAUCAGGCAGUUAUCGUUAACAUGAUGACUGCAUCUAGUAUUAGCUAAAUUGGUCCUAAGUGGCAGUAUUUUGCCAGACAAUGAUUAAGACCUUCUAAGGCUACAUUUAUGGAAUUGCAGUAAACACACAGCUCUUCCAUGGAGUGGAUAACAAUGAAUGCUGUCCUAGUACAUUUGUCGCAGGCUCUGUCCCUCACUGAACGCUCCAUCCGCUUCUGGAAGGGAUACUGAUAAAAACCCUAACGUGCAACCUGAAGCCAUUAGGUGUCCUUCUUGCACGCAGAAGACUAGCAAAGGUCACAUUGCUUUACAAUUCAAGGUAAUUUCACUCCAUCGUUUGUUGUAGUGGUGGCUAUUAUCACAAAGAUACCAAUGUUGACCAAGAAGGACAACUCAUCUUUAUGUAGGUUCUCACUGACUAGUUUCCCUGGUCCCUCUACUAGGUAUGAGGGUGGGGUUCAGUAGGUGUCCAAUGGUCCCCAGGCCCCAGGGAAUACCAGUGUUGGCCCUGUGUACCUCACCUUCCCCACUAAGUCCUUACAGAGCUGCUUUUAUCAGGAACUUCAUGCCUCGGUCACAAGGUGGUCAAUUAAAGUUGCAUAUAUGCAUCAUGCAACAUCAAGGACAUGUAUUAAGCCAAGUGAGGGACUUUUGCACAUGUUUCAAUUACUGAGUCUUUCCUUUCUGCCUGGAUGCAGAGCUCCGGGAGCCCUGCUUCAGUCACGGCACUUCGAGUGUCUCAUGCCCUAGGUCUCUGAGCCAGACAUUUAAUCAAUCCUGAACUCACCAGUCAUCAUCUGUCAUUGUAGCCAUAGCGUCUGGACAAAACGGUUCUGAAAUAAUCGUUAGUAUUUUCAAAAUUGGGAAAUGAAAGUAACUGUUUAAAGCCACCAUGGGGUUGCUCCAUUACGUGUUUAUGAGCCAGUUCACUCUAGUGGAACAGAUUAAUACCUUAUGUUGUUGGCUGACCCUUCCGGGCAGGAACACUUACAUCCACUGAAUUAAUUAGGUCCUGUUUGGCUGCAUUAAGUGGGAUCAGUCUCAUGUGAGUAAUGGCAUAUGAUGGAAGCAUUUUCUAGGCACAAAUGACAUGAUUACAGCUCUCUCUCCAGCCUUUCUUAGAGAUCGACACACAGUGCGUGUUUGAGGUUGGUGGACAAAGUGACCUGGUCCCAUUUCUGCUUAGCUAUGGGAAGAGACAGAGAGAGGAACAUGGGGAAUUCUCAAGAAAUCCGUGACAGGCCAAACAGUCUCUAUGUCUUGUAUUAUCUGAUUUGACUUUCCACUUUCUGAUAGGUUUGAGCUCUUGCUCAGUUGUUAAUAGCCAAUGAAGGCAGCUGCAUUUAGAAAUUGAUCACUUAGGUAAAAUGUGCCUGAGUUCAGACUUGGUUUUUCUUUUUUAUAUUCUGGACAUCUCCAUUGCAAAAAUACUCUGCAUGUUCUUGUCACUUGGGCAUUAUUUACGCAAUUGGUAAAUGAAAGGUAUCUCUCUGUGAAUUCAAGGAUAAAAUGUAAGUUCUGAUUCUUGUUUUAUUAAAUGAAUGAAGCCUUUUAGCAAGAAAUAAUAAUCCAGAAUACUCCUCCUACAGGCUUGGAAUGAUAGAAUUUAAAGAAUUAAAGACAUUGCUAUAGUUCUUACUUUUGUUAUAAAAGUGUGCAUGUAGAUAUAGUUAUAUAAUUGUAUAUAUACAUAUCUACACACAUGGUUGGUUUUAUAUUGUCUUUUUUCAUCAAACUUUAUUCCUGAAACCUUUACAAUAAAUUUUAUUUUAAUUAUGCAAGUGCCAGUUUUUUAAUAGAAGAAAACAAAUGAUAUAUGUCCUUCUAUUUAAAAAAAAAAAUCAGUCUUCCAACACACUGAUAUUCUAACACACCCUGGACAUGUUUUAAAGUAUGGCA